GCUUAAUUAUAACUUCCACGGUAUUAUUUCCUAUUAAUUUAUUUAGAUUUUAAAAGUAGAUAAGUCGUCUUUCAAGAAUUUCAAUGGAAAAUGACCGCUUUAAGCCACAAAGUUAAAUUUAAUGUAGAAGUAACUAUAGAUGUUAUAUGCCCUUGGUGUUAUAUAGGAAGACGAUACUUGGAAGCAGCUAUCAAUGCCCUUGAAAAUGAAGCAACAUUUCUUAUUACGUGGAAGCCUUUUCUCAUUGAUGCACAGUGUCCUUCUGAGGGUAUUCCUUACAAUACAUACUUAAUUAGUAAGUUUGGAGAAAAGAUUGCCAAGCAAGAAAUGAAAGGACAAGGCCCACUUGGAAAAGCUGGAAAAAGUGUGGGUAUAAAAUUUGAUCCUGAUCGGUAUGUAGUAAAUUCUAUUAAAAGUAAUCUAUUACUACAGUUUGUUCUUGAGCAAUAUGGCCAAGAAAAGCAAUCUAAAAUGCAUGAGCUUCUUUGCAAGCAAUAUUUUGAAGAGUCGGUGAACCUAAAUUCAGACACAGUUUUAAAGCAACUUUCUGAAGAAGUUGGCGUUGAUUCAGUUUCUGCUGCUCAAUAUUUUACAUCUCCUUCAAACGUAAAAAGACUUUUUAAUGAUCUCAAAAAAUUAAAAAAGCGUGGUAUUGUUGGUGUGCCUUACUUUCAGUUUUCUAUUGAUGGAGCUACUGAUAUUCAACCAGUUGGUUUUUCGGGAGCUCAGUCUAAGGCAGGGUUUAUUGAUACUAUUACAAAGUUAUUAAAAGAGUAUCAAAAAGGUACUAAACCAAAGCAAUAGAGUUUUUCUAUUCUUUUUUUAAAAGUUUAUACCAAGCUGGUGAAGACAAAAAAUCGUAGAAAAUUUUGGGGCAACAUUAAAUGUCACGUUUAGCACCCAAAAAAAUUAAAAUAAAUUAUUUGUUUUUUUUUUAUUUUUUAUUUUUUUUAUUUGUAGCAAAAAAACUUUUAGGACUUGUAGAACAUGGAGUUUAAAUA